UGUUUAUUUGAUAUAGACGAUGGAAAAUCUAAUUCCUCAUCUGAUAGUGUGAUACAAGACUUCCAAUCUAUUAUAUCUGAUCAAGCGAGAAUUUUAAUAGAAAUGAAUAGUUUUUAUGAAAUGGUACGACCAAUUGUGCUUACUCAAAUAGUUUUCGCUUCAACUACUUUGGUGUUUUUUACAUUCAUUGUAACGGUGAUUGCAAGCGAUAUUGAACCAGCAGGAUUUUUGCAGUCGAUUAAGAUAUUUAGCGCCAUUCCUUUGUUUUUAUUUCAACUUUUUUUGCCGUGCUACUUAUUUGGGAACAUUAACAAUUAUAGAGACGCUAUAAACUUUGCGCUGUACAGUAGUAACUGGACGGAUUCUCGUGUCGAAGUAAAACGAUUAAUUCUAUUAACAAUGACAAUGAAUAAUGCUCACCAACUAAAAAUGAAAGUGACGCCCAUGAAGAUAGUAAACAUGGAAGUUUUUGCAAGCGUUUGUAUAAUAUGA